CUGUGCAGGGUUUGUUGUCAUCAAGAUGGAGUUCUUGUUGGGGAAUCCGUUUAGCACUCCCGUCGGCCAGUGUAUCGAGAAGGCCACUGACGGGUCCCUGCAGAAUGAGGACUGGACGCUCAACAUGGAGAUCUGUGACAUUAUUAACGAGACGGAGGAAGGGCCCAAAGACGCCAUCCGUGCCAUUAAGAAGAGGCUGAAUGGCAAUCGAAACUUCCGGGAGGUGAUGCUGGCUCUGACUGUGCUAGAGACUUGCGUGAAGAACUGCGGCCACCGCUUCCACGUGUUCGUGGCCACCCGGGACUUCAUCGACGGCAUCCUGGUGAAGAUCAUUUCUCCGAAAAACAACCCUCCUACUAUAGUGCAGGAUAAAGUGUUGGCGCUGAUUCAGGCUUGGGCGGAUGCGUUCAGAAGCAGUCCAGACCUGACUGGAGUUGUUCAAAUUUAUGAGGAGCUGAAGAGAAAAGGUGUCGAGUUCCCCAUGGCAGACCUGGACGCUCUUUCACCAAUCCACACGCCACAGAGAGUACGACAGCCAUGUGAUGCAACGUAUUCGGGAGUCCCAGAGAUUGAUCCAGCUUCACAUAAGUACAAAGCUCCUCCCCAGCCCAAGCCAGCAUCCCAGACGCCUCCGACAUCUGCAGCUAGUGGCCUUCCUGCUCAGACUCAAAUGCCGAACAUGACGGGGCCCAUCACACCAAACCCAGAACAGAUUGCCAGGCUGAGGAGUGAGCUGGACAUUGUGCGUGGGAACUGCAAAGUGAUGUCGGAGAUGCUGACAGAGAUGGUGCCAGGACAAGAGGAUGCCUCUGACCUCGAGCUCCUCCAGGAGCUGAACAGGACGUGUCGGGCCAUGCAGCAGAGGAUAGUGGAGCUCAUCUCUCGUGUCUCAAACGAAGAGGUCACAGAGGAGCUGCUACAUGUCAACGAUGACCUAAACAACAUCUUUCUUCGCUAUGAAAGGUAUGAGAGAUACAGAUUGGGCCGGAACACGCAGAACAACGGGGUGUUGAACGAGGCUUCAGUGGAGGAUAACCUGAUCGAUCUGGGUCCAGGCUCCCCAGCUGUAGUCACCCCUCGAGCCAGCACUGCAGCCACUCCCACACCUCCCUCCAGCCUGACUGCUGCUGCUUCUGCCCCAUCACUGUCCACACAGCUUGCAGGAUUGAAUGUGGAUUCCGAAAGUGUCAGCGGCACCCUGAGUGCACUGUCCACUCACAAUCCUCGUGAUGACUUCGACAUGUUCGCCCAGACCAGAGGCAGCUCCCUUGCUGACCAGCGCAAAAAUGUGAAAUAUGAAGACCCACAGGCUCUCGGUGGCCUGGCUUCUGCUCUCGACGUCCGACAGCAAAACACUACCGGGUGUUUUGUGUUGUUGAUUCAGCCGAGUGUAAAGGGUGAUAACGCAGAGUUGGAGCCCAUAGACAGCUGGCUCAUUACCCAAGGAAUGAUUCCUGUAUCGCAGUCUUCUGUCAUGGAUGACAUUGAGGAGUGGCUCGGUGCUGAUGUGAAAGGUGAUGAGGCUGAGGAAGGCGUGACCAGUGAAGAGUUUGACAAGUUCUUAGAAGAGCGAGCGAAAGCAGCAGACGCGGCGUUACCGUCCCCCCCUGGAGGAGAGCCGUCUGUUCCCGCGAGCGCGCCGAGCAGCAGCCGUAAGAAAGCCGAGCGGACUGAGGACAACCUGUUUGCACUGUAGGUCGCUCCUGAACUUUAAGAAAAGUUCCGUUCAUCCCUCUCAGUGUUCCUCUGGAUGCCUGCUGCCUUUCCGUGCUGCCCUGUCGCACGUUUCCUGAUCCAUCUUGGGACUCUUGGUUCAUUUCCAACUCUCAAGCUGCUGACUGGAGCGGGGCGGCUCCUGCGAUACGGCUCCUCUUCCAGACUCGGCAUGCUUUUGUGUGUAACUUCAGAGGCAGAGGGAUGAUCAGUCUUAAAUGAGCGAAUUUCUCAGCAGCGAAGUCACAUUGUAGUUUUAAGUCCGUUUUGUUGAGAUAUGCCAAGAUUAUAAAUUGCUUCUGUUCAUGAACAGAGGUCUUGUGGAAUCUGGCUUGGAAAAGCAUUCUAAUAUCCGAGAUAUCCCAUGCACGUUUACAUACUAAUCAGAAAUAGGCCAUUCCAUAAAAGUGAUUCGUUAAUGCCUGUGGUCCAGUGUCGUUAUACCACUAAGGGAGAAUCAAAUGCAAAAGAGUGACAAAUUAAAGGAAAAGCCGAUAUAGUGUCUUAGGUUUUGGACCUGCUGAGCAGCCAGAACAGCUUCCUUGUGCCUUGGCAGAUUCUAUUGUCUCUAUAUAAAGUCUUUAUAACUGCACUGACUGGAUGAACAGCAUUCUUCCAGUCUAUGAUGGUAUUUUGUUGAUGGUGGAGAUCGCUGUCUCACACAUCGCUCCAAAGUCUCUCAUAAGGUGUUCAAUUGGGUUGAAAUCUGGCGACUGUAAAUACCAUAGCAUAUGACUUUAGAUUAUUUUCAUACUCGUCCAUCCAUUCAGUGCCCUGUGGAGAGGGCCGGGGUCAUCCUGGAAUAAACCCACUCCCAUCAGGAUAAAGGUGAUCAGUCAGAAUAACAUUUGUAUUGAUUUGCAAUGACUCUUUCCUCUAAUAGCGCUUUCCCACGCAGCAAAUUACCCAUAAUGCACUCUGUUUCCACCAUCAUGUGAGUGCAGCUAAAAAUAGUGCUGACCAUUGAUUUCAAAAACAUCGUCAAACACCAGUCAUCGAUUAAUGUCUCUAGCUGAACUCUCGUCCCGACAGGAACAAAAUAUUCACGAAAUGGCUAAUAGUGACUGCCGAAGUGAAAUACUCCCUCGUUUGAUUAGUCCUUGCUCUGGCGGAUUUAAGAGGCAGCGUUACAGUUUUUAAAGAGCUUCAGUGGGUCAAUUUGAUGUUUUUAUUUUGAUGCCUCCACUGCUGUUUUAUGGUCCGUCCGUCCGUCCGUCUGUCUGUCUGUCUGUCCAGCCGAGAUUCUCGUUAGAGCGAUAUCUCAAGAAUGAGACGUUGAAUGUUUGUAGGAUUUUUAUAUAUAUAUAUAUAUAUAUAUAUAUAUAUAUAUAUAUAUAUAUAUAUAUAAAAUUCUCACUGUAGCCAGCAUGAACUGAGUAGAUUUUGGGAAUUAUUCCAAAUAGGGUUAAAGGUCAUAGGCAACGGUCGGAGAUGAAAUGUAGAAUAUCAACUUUAUUGUCUAGAAGAACGACCUAAAAAGCGAAUUCAAUCUUCUCAGUGUCUAAUUUGCACCCUAAAAUCGAAUAAAAUGCUUAAAAUAUACUGUUUUGCCCAAUUUCCAAAGGUUUGUUAACAUCUCACUUAUGCGCACUUUCACCGCCAGGGGACCGUCGUCGUGACGUCAUUUAAGCCAAACAGACCGGGAGAAGCUCUGUGUUUACCUGCGAACCGAGCACACGUGUACGGACUUUGGUCGUGAGAGGUUGUGUAAAAUGUCUGAAAGCGAUAGCGAUUUUGAAGUAGGAACUCUCCAGAUUGAAUAUCGAGAGGUGAAACCGUAUAUGUAUGAACCUAUGGCCGUUGCGAAGCAAUCGGUGAAUGUGGCUCACUGGUUUGGCCGCGCGGCCUCGGAAUCGGACAGCGACUCGGCCGACUCUGAUUGCGGUGACCCCGGACCUCAACAAGACUCGCGCCCAAACGAUUUAUCCUGGUAGUUAUGAUAAAUUCCUACCUUCAUCGUAAUACUAAAUAAGAGCCCUUUUGAAGAAUAAUUAAACUGCCCUCCCUAGUGGAUAUGGGGAACGAUUACUUGACAGUGCGCCGGUAGGCCACAUUAGCCUGCCAUCCGCGGCAUUAUACUAUUUAUAGCCGACUCUAAGCGAGGAAAUAUCCCUUUGUCUCAUUUCCACAAUGAUUGUACAGGAUCCCUCAGGAUUCUUGACUUGUCAAGAAAAAAGCAAAAGUAAAAAUUUUUACCUCCAAUCUUCUCCUGUUUGCUUGAGCGUUGCUGCCCCGUUUCUUCUUUGACUGCUUGAUUUUGUUUCACGCGCACAAUCCACUCUCUCCGCCUCGUCUCCUCUUCCGGAAAAAAAACAACCCUCUGGCUUCACGUGCACAACCCACUCUCUCCGCCUUGUCUUCUCUUUCGGAAAAAGCCAACCCACUCUCUCUGCCUCUUCUUUUUCGGAAAAAGCCAACCCACUCGCUCCGCCUCUUCUCCUCUUCCGGAAAAAGCCAAUCCACUCUCUCUGCCUCUUCUCCUCUCUUGAAAAAAGGUAAAAACUUCUUCCUGAACCGGUCCCGUUGUUACAGUUCACUGCACAACAAUAAGGCAUGGGGUUUCUUUGGAAAUUCCUGAACGCACGUCUGCACUCAAGCCGAACGGCGAUGUAAGUAAACGGAAGUGGACUCAACUCAAGCGGUUUGUUUGGCUUAAAUGACGUCACACGCCGAGUGGUCACGAAAAUAGUCGAACAGAAAUUCGCCACGAUCCGCACUAACUAAUUUUAAUUAUUACUUAUUAACAAUACUUCUUGGGACCAGAAGAAAAUUACAGAGGGUUUUUUAACAUGCAAAGUUUCAAAUGUGCAUGAAAUUAAAACCAUUGCCUAUGAGCUUUAAGGUCAGGAUCAGAGAAAGAGCAAGUUUCUGAAAUAGCUUUUCUUCAGUACCGUCCUACCUGUUUUGAAGUGCAUUUGAAGGAUAUUUGAGGCAUAAAUUUUGUAACAAACAGGUCUAGACUUGUUGGCAAGGGAGGCAUCCGCAUCGAUGCCAUUGUACUUGUUUAUUUAAGUGGACUAAAACCUGUCCUCUUCUCGGGCAGAUUCCUUAUAGCUUCCUCUUCGGUUUGUUUGCGCCUUACAUAUGAUGUAACAUAAUGGCGCUCAAUACCCUAUCUAUAUUUGAGAGAUUUUCAGCCACAGAUGCACAGCUUCGUGUGUGUGUGGUGGGUUUUUUUCUUUCUUUUUUCUAUUUUGUCUAAUAAGGACAUCCAAAUGACUGUCUUUUCAGCAAAGUACCAGCAUGUGUAGCUGUGUUUGGGUCCAUGGGCAGCCCUUAAUUACAAGUUUGCGCCUCUGUUAACUAGAGAUUAAAGUGUUGUUACACUUGUA